CCGCCCGGAAGUAGUGGUGUGUGGUUAAGGGUGGGUGGACCCCUGCCCAUUCUGCGAGGGGAACCCCGGCCAAAUCCUGGUACCGAGUUAGGGACCAUGCCUGUGGUGCUCCCCUCCACCGACCGCGGCCAGGACUCGCGCGUCGGGGCUCCAGAAUGGCGCCAGGCGGCCCAGGCCACGUCUCGCAAGGCGCACCUUCUGACCGAUCGCUGCGGGCAGGAGGCGGUGACCAUGUGGCAGCCCAAAGACAGUGUGCUGGACCCGAAUGUGGCUCAUCACCUGGGCCGAGCCGCCUACAUGGAGCCCUGGCGCUUUCGCGUGGAGAUGCUGAAAGGCGGCGGCACCCUGGAGAAGCCCCCGCCCGGAGAAGGCGUCACUCUGUGGAAAGGGAAGAUGAAGCCCCCGGCCUGGUACGCGCGCCUGCCGCUGCCGAUGCACCGCGACGCGCGUGCCCAGCAGACCGCAGAGGUGGUGCACGCGCACGCGCGCGGAGCGCGCCUCACCGCCGCCCGCCUUGGCCGCGCGCAGCACCAGAUCAAUGGGCAGCUGCGGCUGCUGCUGCGCCAGCGCGAAGCCAGCGACCGCCGCCUCAGCGAGGUGCGCAAGGGCCUGCUCAUCAACCAGCAGAGCGUCAAGUUGCGGGGUUACCGACCCAAGUCCGAGAAGAUUCCGGACAAGGCUGACAGCAUGCUUGUCUGGGAGAAAGAGGAGCUGAAGUCCAUGAAGAGAAAAAUGGAGAAAGACAUGGAAAAAUCGGAGACCUUGCUCAAGGCUCUGGCCUCCUGCCGGGACACCCUGGACUUCUACUGUCAGGAAAGGCUUCAAGCUGUGGAACUAAUGAACCAGCCGCUGGACAAGGUUCUGGAGCAGGCUGGCCGCCACUCGUGGGUGGACAUCACUCGACCCCCAACUCCUCGAACUCAGGGCCUGAAAACGCCUCCCCCUGACCCCGUGGGCACAUACACCCCAGCCUGCGCUAAGGCCUUGUUUGAAGCCAAGCGCUUGUUGAUGGAGUCCAAGGACACCUUAGCGGAGAUGGCAAAGAACGAGGUGGACAUUCAGAAUCAACAACAGAACGUCAGCGACCGCGUAUGCGCUUCACUGGCACAGAAGAUGCGUGAGACCUUGGAGUUGAAGGAAAGAAUGACUAUGACUUUAGGGCUAAUGAGGGGAACUAUCCACCGGUGCAUGAAAUUCAAUCAAGAGAUGUAUGUCACGAGGGGCCUUAUCAAGGGUCCUCUGUUGAAAAGAAACCUGGAGGCUCGAGAGAAACUGAACAGACCCUUGGUUCGCAUGUAUCAGAGACACGUGGGCACUCAGCUGCCCGAGGCCACGCGCCUUGCCCAGGGUACUGACAAGCUGACGCGCCACAACUUGCACAUGGAAAAGAAUUUAGCAGAGCUCCGUACAACACACGAUAACCUCGCCUGGAGCCUCAACUGCAAAAAGAUAGGACAUGAUGUUGACUACGAUGUGGUGCGCCUGCGCCUACGCCAGCGCCACCCGCACGUGUGCUAUGAGCAGGCACAGCGCCUGGUCAACGACUGGGACCCUCGCACACCACCGCGCAGCCAAACCAGUACUGCCCCCAAGUGACCACAGCUGGCCUUGGGCUCAGACGACUGGAGAGAUGUCCCCAAAUGGAUGGCCCUUCCUCCGCUCUGACUCAUCUUCCCUCCAAACGCCCUCUAGCAAAACUAUAAUAAAAUAUAUUGUCACUUAUUA